AUGGAAGAACUCGCGGAGUGUCUGGUUGAAGAAGAAUGGGAAGAAAUAAGCACUUCCGACGUGUUUCUUAGGAAUAAGCAAGUCCAUUUCUACGUACUUACCAAGAAUCUAUCUUUAGAAAAGUUGUCAUUACAAAAGCAAAACAGAGCAUCCACUUUGCGUGACACAUUCAACUUAUGCAGGUCCAAAUCACAACUGAUGAAGUUUUCAUUAUGUAAGGAGCAAUCACAAGAUUUACAUGAAUUUGUCAUUUUGUGCGUUACUUCCACAUUGUGGACACUUAGUGGGCAACCAGUCUAUUUGGACAAGUACAGGACAUUAUACAACAGAUUAUCGCCUUUGUUCUACAAAGCAUGCAUUUUGAGUCUAAAUGUUCCAGUUGGGAAAUUCGUUGCACUAAAGCUAGGACCUUAG